AUGUCUGAAUCAAAUCAAGCGAAACCCUUGAUCCAGCCGUCAUCUUCAAGAAAACUCCCUGAUUUCAAGCAGACAGUGAAGUUGAAAUAUGUGAAACUUGGCUACCAUUACCUUAUUACUCAUGGAAUGUUCCUGUUUUUAUCACCUAUUGUUGUCGUUAUCGUAGCUCAACUAUCCACAUUCUCAAUCAAAGAUCUACAUGACCUUUGGGACCAUCUUAAAUUCAACCUCAUAUCUGUGAUCGUGUGUUCGACCCUCCUCGUGUUUUUGUUGACCCUUUAUUUCCUUACUCGGCCUCACCCUGUUUACCUAGUGAAUUUUUCAUGUUACAAGCCUGAUGAUGCUAGGAAAUGUACUAGGAAAAUUUUUGUGGAUAGGUCGCAGUUAACAGGUAAUUUCACUGAGGGAAGCAUGGAGUUCCAAAGGAAAAUUCUUGAGAGAUCCGGUCUUGGGGAGUCAACUUAUCUUCCCGAGGCAGUUUUGAGAGUUCCUCCGAAUCCGUGCAUGGCCGAAGCAAGGAAGGAAGCUGAGGCUGUAAUGUUCGGUGCGAUCGACCAGCUGCUUGAGAAGACAUCCGUGAAACCGAAAGAUAUUGGGAUUCUGAUUGUGAAUUGCAGCUUGUUUAACCCUACACCAUCCUUAUCUGCUAUGGUGAUCAACCAUUAUAAGCUAAGGGGGAAUAUUCUUAGUUACAAUCUUGGUGGUAUGGGUUGUAGUGCUGGUUUGAUAUCGAUUGAUCUUGCCAAACAUCUUCUUCAAGUGCAUCCUAAUUCUUAUGCUUUGGUUAUUAGCAUGGAAAACAUCACCUUGAAUUGGUAUUUUGGGAAUGAUAGGUCGAUGCUUCUCUCAAAUUGCUUGUUUAGAAUGGGAGGGGCUGCUGUUUUGCUUUCAAAUAAAAGAUCUGAGUGGUGGCGUUCUAAGUACCAAUUGGUUCAUACUGUUAGGACAAAUAAGGGUGCUGAUGAUAAGUGUUUCUCCUGUGUUACUCAACAAGAGGAUUCUACUGGGAAGGUUGGAGUUUCUUUGUCGAAGGACUUGAUGGCAGUUGCAGGAGAUGCUUUAAAGACUAACAUCACUACCCUUGGCCCUCUUGUUUUGCCAAUGUCUGAACAGCUGCUCUUCUUUGCCACAUUGGUGGGGAAGAAACUCCUUAAGAUGAAGUUAAAGCCAUACAUCCCGGAUUUUAAAUUGGCUUUUGAGCAUUUCUGUAUUCAUGCUGGGGGUAGAGCUGUGCUGGAUGAAUUGGAAAAAAACCUACACCUUUCCGAUUGGCAUAUGGAACCUUCCAGGAUGACACUCUAUCGAUUUGGCAACACUUCAAGUAGCUCUCUUUGGUAUGAAUUGGCUUAUUCAGAAGCCAAAGGAAGGAUAAAAAGGGAGACAGAACAUGGCAGAUUGCUUUUGGGUCUGGGUUCAAGUGUAACAGUGCUGUCUGGAAGGCUCUGA